AUUAGAGAGCGAAGAAGUGUGGGUCUAUCGUCUUUCUCCCCUCAUCAGUCAUCACUGUAAAAACAAGAAACCCUAGAUACUCACAAAACCCUAUAAUCGGACUUGUGGAACUAAACAUCUUCAAUUCCUUUGUGUUUUUGGCAAAUUAACACCAUGAGUACAUUGAUCACAACAAGGUCUCCGAGCUCUUACCAACUCCGACUAGCCACCUUCAGUUCCAGGAAGUAUCCUUCAUCUUCUAUCUUUUUACGGAUGCGUGUUCACAAGCUAGCCCAUCCAAUUCAUUGUUCUUCGAAUUCUAGAGAUAAUGUGUCUAAACGACGGACGGCUUCGAAAUUUUCUGUUAAUGCAUUUUCUGGAUGGUCUGGUGAUGAUAAUGGCACCGAAGUGUUGAAUGAAUCGCCACCGAAAAAAGGCUCGUAUGGAGGGAUAGUGGGAGCUGCAGUAGCAGGUGUUGUUCUUGUUGCUGGACUUUCCUUUGCAACAUUUUCUAUAAGCAAACGAGUAUCUGGGACAAAAAAGAACAUGGAAACUUUGACAACACAUCAAGAAGAGUCAUUGACCUCUGAUGACCAGAAUGAUAAUCUUGAAGCUAAGGGAACUGAAAAAGAGAAUGCUGUGCUAGAUGAUGAUUCUUAUUCACAUGAAAAAGAAAAUGAAACUACAAUUGAAGAUAAACUUAUUCAACAAGAUUCCCAAGAGGAAUUACCUACAGCUGAAGUUCACGAUGACACUAUGGAAACACCUGGAAUAGCCAAUUCCGAUGUUCAAGAUGAUUCGGUUGAUGCAUCAAUCAUUCAAAGCUUAGAUGACACAGAGAAGCUCGAAUCAGAUGAUAACUUGAAAGAAGUCCCCACUGAUAAUGUAAACUCAGUAAUUCCUGAUUCCGAUUUCCAGGAGGCAACAAUAAAUGAAUCACAUAUCAAUGAUAAAGAAACACAAGAGUUCUUGGAGUCAUUCACAGAAAAGGAAGUUUUAGAUGGUGGAUUGGUAAUUCCGAUUCCGAUUCCGAUUCCAAUUCCAGAACCAGAAUUGUCUAACAUUGAGAAAACAUUUGAUUCAAUGGAUCUUGAAAAUCUUCCAUCUUCUGCAAGCAUACCUGCUCCAUCUGUACUUUCACCAUCACUACAAACUCUCCCUGGAAAAGUCUUAGUCCCUGCAGUUGUUGAUCAAGUACAAGGGCAGGCAUUAGCAGCAUUGCAAGUAUUAAAGGUUAUUGAAGGUGAUGUUCAACCUGGUGAUUUAUGUACUCGUCGCGAAUAUGCUAGAUGGUUGGUUUCUGCCAGCAGUGCUCUUUCAAGAAAUACUCUAUCCAAAGUGUACCCUGCAAUGUAUAUUGAGAAUGUAACUGAACUUGCAUUUGAUGACAUUACACCUGAAGAUCCUGAUUUCUCAUCUAUUCAAGGCUUGGCAGAAGCUGGACUUAUUGCCAGCAAAUUAUCUCAACAUGACAUGAAUAUUUCAAAUCAAGAUGAGAGUUCUCUAAACUUCUGUCCUGAAAGCCCAUUAUCUCGUCAAGAUCUUGUGAGCUGGAAAAUGUCCCUGGAAAAAAGACUGCUUCCUGUACCCGACAGAAAGAUCCUUCAACGACUCUCUGGUUUCAUAGACAUUGACAAGAUCAAUCCAGACGCUUGGCCUGCACUCAUAGCAGACUUAUCAGCAGGAGAAAACGGAAUAGUCGGCCUUGCAUUCGGCUACACGAGACUCUUUCAGCCAGAUAAGCCAGUGACAAAAGCACAAGCUGCAAUUGCUCUUGCAACGGGUGAAUCAUCCGAUUUAGUUACUGAAGAACUUGCACGCAUAGAAGCAGAAUCCAUGGCAGAAAAGGCAGUUGCUGCACAUACUGCUUUAGUUGACCAAGUCCAAAAAGAUGUCAACAUGUAUUUCGAGAAAGAUCUUUUACUAGAAAGAGAAAAGAUCAUCACACUUGAGAAAUUAGCAGAAGAAACAAAACAAGAACUGGAACGAUUGAAAGCCGAACAAGAGGAACAGAACAUUAAAAUGAUGAAAGAAUGUGCAGCUGUUGAUUCACAAAUGGAAGUGCUUCUGAAGCUGAGGCGUGAAGCAGAAGAAGAGUUGCAGGGGAUUAUGAGUAAUAAAGUGGAGAUUUCGUUUGAGAAAGAAAGGGUAAAUAAGCUGAGGGCAAAUGCGGAAUUUGAGACUCAGGAGAUUUCACGUUUGCAAUAUGAAUUGGAAGUUGAACGGAAAGCCCUAGCCAUGGCCAGAACUUGGGCGGAAGAUGAGGCAAAAAGGGCAAGAGAGCAAGUGAAAGUUGUGGAAGAUGCUAGAGCCCAAUGGGAAAAUCAGGGCAUUAAAGUCAUUGUGGAUAAUGACCUUCGUGAUGAGUCAAAUACCGAAUCCACAUGGGUCAAUGCUCAGAAACAGUUUUCAAUACAAGAAACCAAAAGCAGAGCUGAAAACAUGGUGGAAAAACUCAAGAAUAUGACGCAAGAUUUAAAGGGUAAAUCCAAAGAAACGAUUGAUAAAGUUAUUGAAAGGAUACUCUUUUUUAUAUCCCAAUUGAAAGAAUUGGCAUCGAAGGGUGUGAAGCAAGUGGGUGAGGUGAAAGAUGGUGUUGUGUUGAAAGUCGGUGGAUCGAUUCAAGAUUUGCAACGAAGCUCGGUUGGGUGGAGUUCAGCUGUUAAAGAAAAGUUGACGCAAAAGUUCAAGACAUGAGUCAUGGUGGUU